GUUUUGUUCACCUUCUAGGUGCUGCAAGCCUACAAGAUGGUAGUGAAGAUUUCUCUAGUGCUUUUUUUCUGCUUACUCUUCACAGUUUCUGCUCUUAAAGCUCCUCUUGAAGGUUUUCUACCAAAUGGGAACUUUGAAAAGCAACCAAAGGCAACUAAUGUCAAGCAUACAGUACUUCAAGGGAAAUAUGCCUUACCGAAAUGGGAAACCUCUGGAAUUGUUGAGUACAUCUCUGGUGGGGUGCAGCCGAGCGGGAUGUACUUUCCGGUGUCAAACGGCAUCCAUGCUGUUAGGCUUGGGAAUGAGGCCUCAAUUUCUCAGACAAUCCGGGUGAAGAAGGGGACUCUGUAUGCACUCACAUUUGCAGCCUCGAGAACCUGCGCACAACAAGAGGUGCUGAGGGUCUCAGUGCCACCAGCAUCUGGGGACAUUCCUAUGCAGACUGUGUAUAGUAGCAACGGCGGUGAUGUUUAUGGUUGGGCCUUCAGAGCCACUUCCAAAUUUGCAAAGGUGAUCAUACACAAUCCUGGAAUGCAAGAAGAUCCUGCUUGUGGCCCACUUAUAGAUGCGAUUGCUAUCAAAGAACUUUUGCCUCCACGGUUCACUAGAAAUAACUUGGUCAAGAAUGGUGGUUUUGAGGAGGGCCCCCACCGUCUAAGAAAUGCAUCAGAUGGUAUCCUAAUCCCCCCGAAGACAGAAGAUGUAGAAUCCCCACUUCCAGGCUGGAUCAUCGAAUCACUAAAAGCUGUCAAGUACAUUGACAGAGUACACUUCAAAGUCCCCUUUGGCCGUGCAGCCAUAGAAUUAGUAGCAGGGAAAGAGAGUGCCAUUGCACAAAUCAUCAGAACACUCCCAAACAAGAACUACAUCCUUACAUUCACUGUAGGAGAUGCAAAAAACGAUUGCCAUGGAGACAUGAUGGUUGAAGCAUUUGUAGGAACGCAUGCCUUCAAAGUUCCAUUCAAAUCUGUAGGAAAGGGCAAUUUCAAGACCAUAAGCUUCAAGUUUACAGCGUUAGGCAUUAGGACUAGGUUAACAUUCUUCAGUUCCUUCUAUCAUGCUAGGAUGAACAACUUUGGAACUCUUUGUGGUCCUAUUAUUGAUGAAGUUAAAGUAUCCCCUGUUGCUUAGGUUUAUCAUCCUCAGAACUAUACAGCCAGUUUGUAAUGGUCAUAUGAACUUUUCAUUUACACCUCACAUGAGAAAUGAACACUGUGAGGCACAUGUUGCAACUUUGUAAUUGCUUAAACUAAAAUUUAGAAUGGAAGAAAUCAAAAGAAUCAAGUUUGCACAAUAAGCAUGUAAAAUCAGUCCAAAUAAAUGCCAUCUGCUUGACAC